AUGCGGUCGGAGGUACGCACGGAGUUUUGCCAGUCGUUGAGUUACCGGGACUGGCUAACGAAUGACAGCGACGUGUUGCUGCGCCACGUCAAGUUCUUCCAUAGCCAGGAGAAGUUGUCAGGACCGCAGCAAGAAACCCACGCCGUAGAGAGCGAACCACAGCCUACACGUAUCAACCGAGGUCUACUCGCAAGUAAUGAUAGCAUCCAUGUUGAUGCCAACGGAGAUGGCGCAGAAACUAUUCAUGUUGCGCCGCAGACUGAAGACCCUGCCACACCGGCCCCCGAUGCUGUCGAAGAGGAGCUCCCUCAGACGACAGAUCAACUUAUGACCGCCGACAUGGAUACUUUGGCAGCAGCGUCGAUCCUUCAAGCGCAGAGCGAGGGCGUUGACUACCAUAGCACCGCGGACAACGCGCAACAGGCACAGCCUGGUCAGUCCCGCCGAACCCAGCAAAUCGCUUCACCACCUAUUUACAGCCACGCCACUCAGAACAUGUCCUUCUUAGCAGGCACAACGCCGCCUCUGAAUGGCAUGAACACGGGCACGCCCUCUGAGAUGACCCGGGUAGCAGGCGCUCCCUUCCCGUAUGACGGCCAGUCAUUCAUGGGCUUUGUGCAUAUGGACCCGGGCUUUGGCACCGACCCGGGUGGACACAACAUUGCCGACGGUGCUGGAGCUCGGACUGGUAAUGCCGACGUCCAAUUUCCUCAAAGUCUUGAAUACCUCAACUUCAUGGACUUCUCCGCCGACAUGAACCUCGGCGACACAGCUCCAAGCUCGUCCGGAUCUAACCUUGACCCGGUAGAUAGCAUUCCAGCCGAGCGGUUCGCACAGGUCGGUCGGCUAUGGCCGAACCGGAGCCUCAAAUGUAUGACGGAUGAUGAAGCGAUCAGACUGUGGGCGGACGUGGUGGCCUACAAGGGGGACAACAUUCUGACAGAUUUGACCAUCGCAGCGGUGUCUCCUGUCCCAUCCGUCGGCAGGGAGAGCGGCUCCUCAUGGGGUUUGGACGAUGAUCGCCGCCUAGAUCUCAUCCGAGAGCUCACUCAGAACUUGCCGGGCUUCGAGGGCACUGUCGACCGCUUUCCACCAACACGUCUUCUCAAUUUAGGCCUCGACGUGCUUUUUAGACAGCCGCUACUCAAAGAUGUUGCCACCUGCUGGCUAGUCCCGAUCCCGGCAUGGACAAUCUGCCCACCUCGAUGCCUUCAGUACGAAAUUCUGACAAGGCUACUGGUUAGUCAGGCAAAUGCGGUCGCUCAGGUCGCAGGCUUGUUUGCUCAGCGGACAUCUUCAGCGAGUAUCGAUGAUCUCCUGAGACAGUACAAGACGAAACGCACUCUCCAUGGUCAGUCCUCAGAAGACGACGUUAUGUGGAAGGCUUGGGCAAGAACGGAGAGCGUGAAGCGACUCAUUGCAUCACUGAUUGUCAUGGACGCCUGGUUAGCUUAUCGCCUCGACUAUACGCCGUUCUUGCGAGCAAGUACCAUCAGAUUUGAGUAUCCAUCCUCCCAAGAACAAUUCAAGUGCUCGUCUGCUGCCGCAUGGCGACGUCUUAUCAACGCAGGAUCAAAUCCAAUCGGCGAGUCUGUUCUUAUUCAUGUAAACAAUCCAAUUAUAAACCUGCCGGCGUCACAGGACGUUGCUACCGAGGGGAUCUUCAGCUUGCUUUCUAUUAUCUGGAUCCGGAUGCAGCAUGUAGCCUCCGAAGUACUGACGACGUCUCAAGCCGAAGACGCAAACGCAAACCACAAGGCUCAUCCAAAGGUCCUCGCAUCCUAUGAAGGAGGGAAGAUGUUAUCACGGGGCCUUACAACCAUAUACACAUCCAGCGCGCAAUUCUUUCGCUUCAAGAACCCUAACAGCGUCGCCAUGUGGCAUCUCUUGAACCUGCAGCUGUUCGCCAAGAUGGACAUCCUGGAGCUGGCUGCCGGACGGAAGGGUGCUGAUGGUGCGCACGAGGCCCUGCAGGCCAUCGCUGCCUGGAGCCAGACGUGGUAUGCGAGGCGCGCAUGUUUGCAUGCUGGCGCAAUCUACACCGCCAUGAGUCGCCGGCGCCAAAAGGACGGGACCAUGUUCCACUCCGAGGCAUCGAUCUUCUCCGCGGCCCUGGUCCUAGGACUUUAUGUGUUUAUGAUGGGCCCUAGCUGUGAUGGUUCGAAGGGAUGCGGCGUGGGCACUCCGGCAGAACCGUAUGAGUUUCUUAACCACGUCGAUUGGUCAAAACUUGGUAAUGCUGCAGGAGAGGACCCGGUUGCAGUCCCUGAAGACAUGGCAAGUGAGAGCGCUGCCAUACGGUUUGUCCGGUUAGGCGGCGCUGUCAGCUUCUCGGGCGUUAUCUGCGACGGCGGAUACAAUGCUUCCAAGAUGAUAUUGCUCGAGUUUGCCAGCUUGUUGGAGGAAGUUGGGAAAUGGAAAUAUAAGGGCUCAGUUCAUAUUCUAAGAAUCAUGAGCGACUCAUUACUAGAGUUCGACUCUGGAGAGUUAAUGUAA